AUGUCUGAGCCUCUCUCGGACCCUCCCUCUUCACCCGUUGUCCCCGACCCUCCCCUUCUCAACCUUCCCGCAGCUGGCCCGUCCAGUCCGCGUCAGUCUUCGCAUGGCGCAUCCACCCCAUCUAAUCCGAAGGCGUUGUAUCGAGACGUCGCCGACCUACCCGUGCCCUCCGAUCCUGAACCUGACGACAGGGAGCUUGACCGCAUUCUCGGUGAAUAUAAGGGGGACGUUGGUCUAUCCUACUAUGUGCGGUGCGCUGAUGGAAUCGCUUACAAAUACCCCGCAAAGAAAUUCAAGAGUCGGCAUCCCGACUUGGUGACCCAGUACGAGCAAGACAAAGAAAAGGGCAACCUCGCCCCAUUCGACCCCUCCGCGCACUACGUCCACCCCGGUUCACGCAUAAGGAUGGUCAUCAAGGUCGGCGGCAACCAGAAGCAGACGCAGGAUAAGGCAGCGAGAGAGUCAUCCUCCUCCAGCUCCGACGAGCUCGCGCGCAGCAUGGAGUCCGACUACUCAGACGACCGCUCGCCCAGCCCGGUCAAGCGGCGGAGCACGCGCGCUGCCGCGGCAGGCGCGAACAAAAAGAUCGCGCGCGACCUCCCGUUCAGCCCGCGGAAGACGCGUGCUGUGCGCUCGUUCGUCGUUCCCGAUUCGGCAGGCGAGGACGAGAUUGAUGAGGAAGAGGUCACUCCUCCACCGAAGAGGAGGACCGGACGCGCUACGAAGACUCGCAGGGCAAAUUUGAACGACGAGGAAUACGCAGACGAGAGCGAGAGCGAGAACAAGGCGGACAGCGAUGCGUCCUCGGAUCGCCCGUUGAAAUCGAUGGUCGUAAAGAAGAAGCGGAUUGUGCGAGGGAAGGCCUCUCGGCCAGCGUACGGGCGGUUCCGAGUUAUCGUAGAAUUGGAUUACGAUGACUACGAUGACCCGGAAACUGUGGCCUUGCGGGCCCACAGGGAUAUCUGCGAGAAGUGCCACAGAAAACCCGCCCAUGAGCUGCUGACAGCUGCUGCAAAGAGAGGGAAAGGUAGGCGUAAGAAGAAGAACGAAGAUGAGGAGGAGGAUGAGAACGAGACAGAAAAGUUGACGGCCUUGGGAGGUUGGGUCAGAUGUUUGAAAUGCCCACUAGCUGCCCACUGGGGUUGCCUCGCGAGGAGUCAGCGAGAGGAGAUUCUGCGGGCUGCACAAGAGCGAGACAAGGCCGACUGGUUGGAACGCCAAGGACCUGCGAAAGGCGCGGCCGGCGAAGAUGGUGCAGUGAAGAGUGUGCCAGAGCCCGGAAAGCGCGCGGGUUUGGACGCGUACCAGACAACGGAGUUCAUCUGCGGGUCGUGCAUGAAGGGCGGUUUCUGUAUGAUGUGUAGGGAGGUCGUCCUCAAGCCCGACCAGAUCCACAGCGCUCAUCCCGAGCAGAAAGCCCAAACGAGCCUUCCCGAAAACGAUGGCGAUGUAGAGAUGGCUGACGCGAGCGCGAACCUCGCGCCUGUUGUCGAUGGUGACGUUGACGCGGACAAGCCCGCCAAGGAAAUGGCCUUCCGCUGCUUCACCUGCAAACGCCUUGCCCACUAUGCGCAUCUACCCGUCCCACCGAAUUGGCCUUCCGACGUGACCCCCGCUGAGCUCGCGCACCACUAUCAGGCGACGAACGGCUGGCGGUGCGCUGACUGCGUAUCUUUCAUCUACACUGCGGAGCACAUCCUUGCGUGGAGGCCGUAUCCCGAGGGCGCGGUUGAGCCGCCGCGCGAGGCCGACGAACCAAUUAACUACAAGGCGUCACUCCCUAGGGAAUAUCUCGUGAAGUGGACCGACCGCGGCUACAAGCGGACGCAAUGGGUGCCGCACAUGUGGCUGCUGGCGAUGCAGCCUGCGCGCCUCAAGAACUUCCUACAUGGAGGAAGCAACGUGCAGCUGCUGCCGGAAGUCGUCAACGAAGUCGAGGCGAGCAAGGACGAAGAACCAUCGGCGUUUGAGAUUGGAGGGGAAGCGUCGAGAGAUGUUUCCGUGCACCCUGAGCCGAGGGUGAUGUCGGCGCUGGAUCCGGAUCCUGACGCACAGCGCAAGGUUCCCCCUGCGUGGAAGACCGUCGACCGUGUCUUGGACGUGCUCGUGUGGUAUCCUGAGCGGAGGUUUCCACCCAAAUCCAAGAAGUCGAAGGCCAAGGGGCGAGGCAAGAAAAGGGUGCAGAGGAUGGAGAGCGACGAGGAAGAGAGUGAGGGAGAGAAUCCGGAGCGGCUUGCUGCUGAGGCAGAGCGUGCAGCUGCGUUUGAUGAAGGCGAGCAACCGAGUGCGGAUCUGACAGAAACUGUGGACGAGUACGAGGAACGGACCGGCGAACCACUUACUGAAGACGAUAUCGACCGAGUAGUGUGGUGUUUCAUCAAGUGGGACGAUAUGGGAUACGACGAUGCAUCAUGGGAUUCCCCACCACGCCCCGGAGAGCCAGGCUAUGCAACUUUCCAGAACGCGUUCAAGAGAUAUGUUAUUUCUCGUGAAGUCGUCGUCAAACAUCGUGAUCGGAAAGAGCAAAAAGUGUUCGAUGAACGGCCGUUGGACGGCUUCAAGAAAUCCAGUGCAUUUACUCGCGAGAGGCGGCCCGAGCUCGGUCAGAAUGCGCAGCUGUCUCUUAUGCCCUUCCAAAUCGAGGGGGUGAAUUGGCUCUGCAACAACUGGUGGAACCACCAACACUGUAUCCUUGCGGAUGAGAUGGGUUUGGGCAAAACUGUACAAAUCGUAACUUUCAUCGGGUAUAUUGUGUCGCACUUGAGCGCUGCACCUGCUCUUGUGGUGGUACCGAAUUCGACCAUCUCAAAUUGGGUGCGCGAGUUUGAGCGUUGGGCACCUAAGCUGAGAGUGGUACCGUUCUCCGGCGAAAACAAGGCCCGGGAGAUCAUCAAGCGGUACGAACUGAGUCAUUCGACCACAGAGUCGAGAACGACUGGUGCCAAAUAUCAUGUGCUGAUCACUACCUAUGAGACGAUCACCAAUAACAAGGAGUUCACUCCCGUAUUCAAGAAGACCCCCAGAUGGGAAGUGCUGGUGGUCGAUGAGGGACAGCGGCUUAAGAGCGAUGCAAGCCUUCUGUUCAAGAAGCUUAAGGAGUUGAAUACAGUGCACCGCAUCAUUAUGACUGGGACGCCUCUGAACAAUAACAUUCGAGAGUUAUUCAAUCUGAUGAACUUCCUGGAUCCUAAGGAAUGGCAUGACUUGGACGCCUUAGAGAACGAAUAUCAGGUGCUCUCCGAGGAAAAUAUCAAGCAGCUUCAUACGAGACUUCGACCCUAUUUCUUGCGGCGUAUCAAGUCUGAAGUCCUUCAAUUACCUCCAAAGAACGAAGUGAUCGUACCAAUCAGCAUGGUGCGACUUCAGAGAGAGGUUUAUCUGUCGAUCCUGAGCCAGAACCUCGAUGUCUUGAAAACCCUAGCGCAGGGAUCGGUCGGCGCCAGGGUGAGCAAUGCCAUCAGCAAAACCAACCUGAACAACGUUCUGAUGCAGCUGCGCAAAUGCCUUCAACAUCCGUAUCUGGUCUCUCGGGACAUAGAACCGAAGGGUUUGUCGUCGGAAGAAAGUCACUCGAAGCUCAUCGACGCCAGUGCCAAGCUUGGCUUGUUGAAGAUCCUACUUCCGAAGUUACAAGCUCGAGAUCAUCGAGUCUUGUUGUUCAGCCAGUUUACAAUUGCCCUGGACAUUAUACAAGACUUCUUGGACGGUGAAGGAAUCAAAUAUUUGCGUUUGGAUGGCAACACCAAGCAAAGAGACCGCCAGAAAGGAAUGGAUGAAUUCAAUAGGCCUGGUUCAGAUGUAUUCAUAUAUCUCCUGUCAACACGCGCUGGAGGCGUUGGCAUCAACCUGUGGAGUGCGGACACUGUCAUAAUAUUCGAUCCCGACUUCAACCCGCAUCAGGACCUUCAAGCCAUCGCUCGUGCACACCGAUAUGGUCAGAAGAAGACAUGUCUCGUCUUCAAGCUGAUGGUGAAGGAUUCCGCGGAGGAGCGAAUCAUGCAAACUGGCAAGAAGAAGUUGGUUCUAGAUCAUCUCAUCGUUCAGAAUAUGGACGACGACGAUGGCGCUCGAGAAGAUGUGCAGUCCAUCCUAAUGUUCGGAGCGGAGACCCUAUUCCAAGAGGGAGACCAUGCGGGGCAAAUCCACUAUUCGGAACACGACAUAGAAAAUCUGAUAGAAAAGACUGAAAAAGAAGGUGACCAAGUAGAACCUCAGGCAGCAGCAGGCGCCGGGGCCGCCUUCUCUUUCGCUAAAGUGUGGUCCGCGGACAAGGAUUCGCUGGAGGAAAUGCCAGACGAGCCGCAGGAUAACGGCGACCAAGUAGAUUCCUGGGCGCAGACCCUGGAGCGCCUUGCAUCCGAGCGUGCCAAGGGGCAGGCAAAGGAGGUAACUGGUCGCGGCGUAAAACGUCGUGCUGCUGCAGUAUUCCCUCAGCAAAACUUGGACUUGGGUGAUACGCCAGUUAAAGGGAAGAAGGGUAAGAGAAAGCACAAGUCAAAGUCGGUCAUUUCGGACGAAUCAGAUGCCUACGUUGGCCCGGAACAAAUCACGACGUCCGACAGUGAGAUUACAGAACCACUCGCUGCUACAGACCUCGACCUCGCAAUCCCCUCCCGCUCCCCUUCCCCGAUCGCACGUCCCAAACCGUUGCAUAAAUCUUCGUCGCCGAUCCUAAAUCGAUCACAGGCACCUCAGGAUGAUACGUGCGGUCUAUGCGGUAGCCGUCAUGGAAACAGCGCUUGCUACAUGACGAACAGCUCGGAGAAUCUUGCUGAAUACAGAUACAUGCUCCUGGUACACGCUGGAGACGAGCCGUUGGAAGAACGGCGUUCUGCCAUUCAAGCGAUUGACGAGGCCCUGCACAAGCGAGGAAAGCUUCACCUAAUCUUUGGACAGCCUCUCCGACUCGUUGAGAAACCUCCGCGCAAAAAGCACAAGAAGCACCAAUCGUCUUCAGCCAAGCAUGAUAUGAAUCCCACGACAUUCCAAAGCGUGAUGUCAAUGCCGUUGCCAUCAAGCACGACAUCUCAAGCUCCACGCCUUCCCUCUGGCACGACGAAUGCAGUGGCGGGACCAUCAAAGCGUACGUUGUCCCCCUUACUAGCGUCGGAUGCUCCCAAGAAGAGACCGAGAGAAGGGGGUCCCUCUACGUGUGUCGUGUGUGGUCAAUCGCCUCAUCACUUGGUGAAAGAUUGCCCCACUGUUGCAGAAGGAUCGAAGAGGAUAAAGAAAGAAAUUAGAAGACUAGAGCAAGACCCGUUGCAGAGUCCGACGGUCAAUAUCCUACGGAAUAUCUUGAUCAAGCAACAAAGGCGGGCGUUGGCAAGCGCAGGCGGACCGGCUGUGGUGCCACGUAGCCUCGAUCGUAUCGUUCCUACUAACCAUAUCCUGGAGUAA